CCCAUUUGUUUAGAUAAGGUUAGAAUAGAAUGAUUAUGUAUGAAUGUGAUAAUAGAGUUCCUUAACAAUUCAGGUUGACAAAUGGAGGAUCUAGAUUUGCUACUUGAUGAAGCAGAGCUCGUGGCAAACGGAAAAAAUUCUGCCAAGUGCCGCCAUCUUGAAAUGAAUGCCGCUGAAGUUUCCAUAGAAAAUUCUCAAGAUAAUGUCAGUCAAAUGAUUGAAGAAAUUGAUUCUGUCCUAGAUGAACCCAUUGAACCAGUUAGACGAGGAUCACGAAGUAGCACUAGCAGUAGUUUGAAUACUACCUUUGUACUUCCCCCUGGAACAGCUUGGGCUUCAGUUACUGAAACACCCACACACGAUAAAAAGACGGUUUCUCCUUGUAAUAACAAUCAAAAGAGAAAGAAGUGUUCCCCUGUUUACUUAGCUGGAGCCAUCUCGGGGACAGGGCAUUCAACUCAAAUAGCCAAAAGGGCAUGCAGUAAUCUGCUGUGUGUUAAGUGUGAUCUAAAAGUCAUCUAUUUCGAUAACAUGUCUUGGACUGAUUGUGCCCAAUAUCUCUUUCUGAGAACUAACUACCCUGACAGGAGAAAGCUUUCUGUAGAGUUGCAGCAUGACCCUGGACCAAGAGCCUAUUGUUGCCAGUGCAGUGCUGUUACAAUUCAGAGUUACAGUCCAGUUGAAACAGCAGCAUCUUCGUGGAUCUGUGCUAAACAUUAACCAACAUCCUUGUGGAUUUUUGCUAAACAUUUAUUUCCGCAUCUUUGUGGAUAUGCGCUGAACAUUAGCUUUGACAUCCUUGUGGAUAUCCACUAAACAUUAACUUCAGCAUCCUAGUGGAUAUCCACUAAACAUUAACUUCGGCAUCCUUGUGGAUAUCCACUAAACAUUAACUUCGGCAACCUUGUGGAUAUGGGCUUUAAAUUAACUUCAGCAUCCUUGUGGAUAUGGGCUUAACAUUAACUUCAGCAUCCUUGUGGAUAUCCACUAAACAUUAACUUCGGCAUCUUAGUGGAUAUGCGCUAAACAUUAACUUCGGCAUCUUUGUGUUUAUGCGCUAAAAAUUAACUUCGGCAUCUUUGUGGAUAUGCGCUAAAAAUUAACUUCGGCAUCUUUGUGGAUAUGCGCUAAAAAUUAACAGCAUCUUUGUGGAAUGUGGAUAUCCACUAAACAUUAACUUCGGCAACCUUGUGGAUAUGGGCUUUAAAUUAACUUCAGCAUCCUUGUGGAUAUGGGCUUAACAUUAACUUCAGCAUCCUUGUGGAUAUCCACUAAACAUUAACUUCGGCAUCUUAGUGGAUAUGCGCUAAAAAUUUACUUCAGCAUCCUUGAGAAUAUGUGUUGAAAAUUAACUUUGGCAACCUUGUGGUUAUGCACUGCCACUAAACAUUGACCACAGCAUCCUUGUGGAUAUGCACUAAACAUUGACCACAGCAUCCUUGUGGAUAUGCACUAAACAUUGACCACAGCAUCCUUGUGGAUAUGCACUAAACAUUAACUUCGGCAACCUUGUGGAUAUGCAUUAAACAUUAACUUCAGCAUCCUUGUGGAUAUGCACUAAACAUUAACUUUGACAUCCUU